AUGCGCAUCGCAUUCAUGUCUAGGAACGUAGAGAAAGCCCAGUCAGGGUUGAAUAGAUACCAUCAGGAUAAACUACGAGAGUCGGGAGUGUUGGAAACGAACCCUUCUUUACGUCCCAAGGUGGUACAGAAGGUCACAUCGUUGCCACAAGCAGAGAAAUGGAGAAGUAUAGUAUUAUCAGAAAUCUCAGUAAGGUUAACCAGAGUACAAGAUUUAAGUAAGACAGAGAGUGAUAUCAGACAAAUAAACGAUGAGUUGAAUAAGCUAUUCAAAGAGAAGAGAGCCUGGGAACAUCAUAUCAAGGCACUCGGAGGUCCGGAUUACCUCAAAUAUGGAGCUAACAUGGAAAACACUGGAGAGAAUGAUCCUUUUAACAAUGGAUAUAGAUACUAUGGACGAGCCAAGGAAUUAUCUGAUGUUAAACAACUACUAUCGGCUAAAAGACGGAAGUUGGAGACUAAACCUUUGGAAACAAAACAAGAUAAGGGUGUCGAAAAGACCCUCGAUCCUAAUUAUUACUCCAAGUUCGGUGAUAGUAAUAACUCUUCGGGUGGGAGAUUACAACAGAUCAGUGAAAUGAUGAAAAAAGAUACUAAGAUUACAGUGAAACCAAAUCCACAAAUAGACAUACCUUCCAACGAAGAGAUUUCAAAAUGGGUAAUACAGAAGAGGAAGCAGGAACUUUUAGAUAGAUUAUAA